AUGUCAAUCUUUACAAAUACAACAAUUGCAAGCAGUUUUGAAGAGCCUCGCGGGGCUGGCGGUCGCCAGCCCAUUGUGGGCGAAUUGAUCUUUGACUCCUUUAUCAAAAAGGAGGAAGGUCAGGAACACGAAACGAUUGAUUUUUUCAAUCAAGACGAUGAGAAUCUUACUCCAAUCUUCGAGAACGCCACGGUUAGUAACGCGAACGCUAGCCCAAGUGAAUGGGGGUCUCUGUUCGACAACGAGAUCCCGAUCAGUAGCGAGGACGUUUUCACUUUCACUCCUCAGCAACCUGUCGACGAGGGCUCUCAGGCUGAGGAACCCGAACUGGAGAUCUCGACCAAAUCUUUCUUGCCGACGCCGAUUUUCGAGGAAGCUAAGUUGACUUCCAAGACGUGCGUGGCGGGUGGUCGUGUUUCUAAGAAGGGGUCGCCCAAGGUGGACCACCUUGGAGUGACUAGCUAUAAUCGCAAAGUCAGAACGACUCCCUUGUCUCCAGUGGUUGCCGAUUCCGAUGACCCUGCGGCGUUGAAGCGUGCUAGAAACACCGAGGCGGCAAGACGUUCUCGUGCAAGAAAGACGCAGAGAAUGAACGAAUUGGAAUUGAAAGUCGAACAGCUCUUGAAGAGAAAUCAUGAGUUGGAGCAGGAGAUUCAACGGUUGAAUUCAAUCAUUCGUGGUAAAUAG